UGUCUUGUGCCGUUUGAAGAAUCACAUUGUGUGCAAAAUAUAGUGAUUUUCCCUGGAAAAGCCUGUAUUUUCCAUAAAAAUUCCACUUCCAAUCGCUUCAUUUGGCCAAUUUCCAGUCUUUAAGUGUGUGAAACACCCGCCACAGUUGGUAAAAAGUCCGAAGUUCGGGGAGAAUAGCUUGUGUUUUUUGUGCGAUAGAGACUCGCCCAAAGCGCAUCAUACCGAACUGGGAGUACUUGAGUGAGCGAGACAGAGAGAGGGUGACGAGUUUCUUGGUGAAAAAAUACUAGUUUUUCGACUGAACAUUGAGUGCUUCUGGUGGUCAUCGUGUCGCUGGAGAGUCUGAGUGUGUGCUGGAAGUGCGCAUUUGGCGAGGAAGUGCGGGAAAUCGGCAGGAAACGGAGACUAAAAGCAAUUCCUCCGUCCUUCUCCUGCAGGAUCGGCCAGACCGGGUGAGUGUUGAGGGUGAGCGUGGUCCCAUGUCGUCACGUGAGCACACCCAGCGAGUGUGAAGGCGACCAACACAGUUUUUGCGUCAAGGUGAUUCCUCGCGCUGGAGGACUUCCUGGAGAAAAGUCGUCACUACACAGACGCAGUGGAUCAUCAGGGGCGUGUGUCAUCACACAACAACUGUUGAUUUGACGAGGAACUUCGAGGAGGAUUGCGUCAGUCGUGUGUUGCUUGUGCUCGUGCAAGAGUCGCACUCUCGCAGCGUGAGAAGCUGACUCCCGGAUUCGGGCGGGUGUGCUGAAAAGGAGCUCCUGUGGCGGCUGAGGAUAUCCGUGAGUGGGAUUGUGUGUGUGGCGAACGGAUAAAAGAUGGCAGAAGCCGGCAACAACAAUACAUCGACUGCAUCCCAGAAUCCCAAUGCUGAGGUCAUCCGUGGGCAGACCUUCGAAGUGGGGCCGCGAUACACGGAUCUCUCUUACAUCGGCGAAGGCGCCUACGGAAUGGUUGUAUCCGCCACCGACACUGUGACAAGGACAAAAGUGGCCAUCAAGAAGAUAUCGCCGUUUGAGCAUCAAACCUAUUGUCAGAGGACACUGCGGGAGAUUAAGAUCCUGACACGUUUCAGACAUGAAAAUAUAAUAGACAUAAGAGAUAUUCUACGGGUAGAUAGUAUAGACCAAAUGAAGGAUGUAUAUAUUGUUCAGUGCUUGAUGGAGACUGAUCUUUAUAAAUUACUGAAAACACAGAGGCUAACUAAUGAUCAUAUCUGCUACUUCCUCUACCAGAUUCUCAGAGGUCUGAAAUACAUUCACUCAGCAAACGUACUCCACAGGGAUCUUAAACCAAGUAAUAUACUUCUAAAUACAACAUGUGACCUUAAGAUUUGUGAUUUUGGUCUUGCACGAGUUGCUGAUCCGGAACACGAUCACACUGGAUUUCUCACUGAAUACGUAGCAACAAGAUGGUACAGGGCUCCUGAAAUAAUGCUCAAUUCUAAGGGUUACACACAAUCAAUUGAUAUAUGGUCAGUGGGCUGUAUCUUGGCGGAGAUGCUGAGCAAUCGGCCUAUAUUCCCGGGGAAGCACUAUUUGGAUCAGCUGAACCACAUCUUGGGCGUGCUUGGCUCCCCAUCAGAGGAGGACUUACAGUGCAUCAUAAACGAGAAGGCGCGUAAUUAUCUGCAGACGCUGCCGUACAAGCCAAAGGUUCCGUGGGUGAAGCUCUUCCCCAACGCUGAUGUGCGUGCCCUCGAUUUGCUGGACAAGAUGCUCACGUUCAAUCCUCACAAUCGAUAUUCUGUGGAAGAGGCGCUCUCGCAUCCGUACUUGGAGCAAUAUUACGAGCCAGAUGAUGAGCCAAUUUCCGAUGAACCUUUCAGCAUUGCCAUGGAGCUGGAUGAUUUACCGAAGGAGACGCUGAAACAACUCAUCUACGAAGAAACUCUCCUGUUCAAAGAGAAGAAUCCCGAUCCAGUAGUUACGUAAGUUUCUGGAGCACUUCGCAGCAAUGAAAUGAAAUGGAAUGAUGACGGUGAGAGCGAUGAGAGAGCAGUGGAGGUGAGUCAAAUGAGAUUUUGAGGCAUUUGCGAAGGGAGGGAAGAGAGCGUUUAAGGAUAUUCGAGGAUGGCGAAAUGCUGGAAAAUAUUGUGCAUAAGGCGCUUUUAUGGAUUAAGCAAGAGGGAAAGAGAGAGAUAGAGAGAGAGAGAAGUGGUUGGUUAGAGCAUGCAACAAUGAAGGGAGAGUUUCGUGGAGACAACUGAAAUCGUGAGAGUAAAGCAAAAGAUUAGUCUUUUAAAAUGUGAGUAUAUAAUUGUGUAUAAAACAACAAAUUUUAACCCCCAAAUGGAAGAAUAUUGAUAGUAAUGUUAGGAGAUAUUAUGAAAAUAAGGUGUUAUUUUAGUAAGAAGACACACAAAAGGAGUUUUCUUCUGGUGUUGUGCCAUGUAACAGAAAAAAAGUAUAAGAAAAAUUUAACAUUUAUUGCGAUAAACUUAUUGAACUUCAGCAUUAAACAAGAACACAUUCAAUAUGCAUGCCAUUAUAUCCUCUCCCCGAGUAUUUACACACCAUGAAAUUGUAAAAUGAAUAAUGUGAAAGGAAACUCAACGUACAUAACGGAUCUUUUCAAUUGGAGCAUUAAAUGUAAAUGGUGUUUUUUGCCAAUUGAUCAUUCAAUUGGCACCAUUGUUAUUUACUUGAUAUAUAUACAAUUACAGAUAUUGAGCUAGAGAGAGAGACAAUUUUUCAAUAUGACAAAUAUUACUUAGAGAAAAAGUGAAAUGGGAGAAAAAUUUCAUAAAAGAGAGAAAGAGAAACUUCACACACUCAGGCUGAGUGCUUGUUAUUAAAGAGAGAAGAGUUAUAUAUAUAUAUAUAAAUAUAUGUUUGAACUUGUGAGGCAGAAUGAAUAGAGAACAAA